AUGGAGCGCCAAGCGGAGCCAUCGGGGCUUGGUCCGCGACAUGACUCUUCAGCCAGAAUACAGAAACCAGAGUCAGCAUCAGAUCGCUUGGCUGCGUUGAAGGCUCGAGUUGCAGCGGCGACCGCGACGAGCAAGGCGAAAGGUGGCUUGAAUGUUGGCCUGCAUCCAGCUCUAGAAGACCUGGCAACAUGGAAGCCUCAAAGCAAGGAGAAGAACUCACCAAAUCCCGGAAGGGGCACACCCUACGGUUCCGGGAGGCCUGCUGCAGCUACAGUCAAGGGCAGCGCAGCUUCUGGUACGAACCAGCACAAUCCGUACAUUGACGAGUCCGCGGCAGCGCAGCCGUCUAGCAGCCGAGAUCGCGAGCCUAAGCGCCUGGUAUUUAAUCAAAAGGGCAAAUACAUCCAACAGGCCAACGCCCUCCGGCGGCAAGAGGCGCUCGAGGCGAUGAAGAAGCGCAUCGCCGAACAGACAAGGAAGGCCGGUAUAGACGAGGAUUUGGAUACCGAAAAGAACUUCCUAGUUGAAGAACCGCCUCUAGUUGAAUGGUGGGACGAGGGCCUUAUAGAUGGGAAUUCUUAUGAUGCAAUCGAACAUGCCGACAAACUGAAAAUCGCCUCUUCAGACAGUAUCAUCACGGAAUAUAUCCAGCACCCCGUGGCGCUGGAGCCGCCCCAGGAUCGCUUGGCUCCUGCACCGAAGCCCAUGUAUCUCACGUCCAAAGAGCAAGCCAAGAUCAGAAGACAGCGGCGAAUGGCGGAAGGGAAGGAGAUGCAAGCAAAGAUCAGGCUUGGCUUAGUGCCAGCGCCCCCCCCAAAAGUAAAGAAGGGAAACCUCAUGCGUGUUCUUGGAGAUGUUGCCGUGAAGGAUCCCACCGCAGUCGAAGCACGUGUGAACAGAGAAAUCGCCGAGCGCCACCAGCAGCACGUUGAUACCAACGAAGACCGGAAAUUGACGAAAGACCAAAAGAAUGACAAGUUGGCCGCAAAUCAGCAGAAGGAUGCCGAAAAGGGUAUCCACGUCCUCGUCUUGAAGAUCAACAGCUUGGCGAACGGGCAGCACCGCUACAAAAUUGGUGUCAACGCAGAGCAGCUUUCUUUGACUGGCACCUGCAUCAUGCAUCCAAAGUUCAACCUACUGGUUGUCGAGGGUGGCUCUUGGGCGAUUAAUAAAUACAAGAAACUCAUGCUCAAUCGCAUUGAUUGGACUGAAAAUGCGCCAUCUCGAGACAAGGAUGGCAAGAACGCCACGCGCGACUGGCUUUUGGCAGAAGAUGCAAAGGGCGAACUUAAAGAUAUGUCGCUGAAUCGUUGUACGCUGGUGUUUGAAGGUGAGCAGAAGGCUCGCGGCUUCCGCAAAUGGGGCAGCAAGGUAUGCGAAACGGACACAGAGGCUCGCGAUGCUUUAUCCAGGGCAAAAAUGGAAAGUUUCUGGACAUUGGCAAAGGGGAUGGCUUAG